GAAAUCAACACCAGCAAUUCUCAUUUGCUCUGUCUUAGAUCCAGAUCUCUCAUUUCCCUUAGUCCUCCACCUUUCUCCCCUUCGUCAAAACCCUAACCCUAAUCCCCCCAAAAAAAAAUGUCCGAGGAAGAGCAGAUCGUCGUCGCCGCCGAGCCCGCCGCCGAGUCCCCGGACCCCCCGCCCGUCGCCGACAAGCCGGAGCCUAAGUCCGGCAAGGCCACCAAGGCCAAAGAGCCAAAGGCUAAGAAGCCCGCUGCUCCCAAAAAGGCCAGGACCGCUCCCACUCAUCCUCCUUACGAAGAGAUGAUCAAGGAUGCGAUUGUGACUCUGAAGGACAGGACUGGUUCGAGCCAGUACGCGAUCACUAAGUUGAUCGAGGAGAAGCAUAAGAAUCUGCCCCCAAACUUCAAGAAGCUUCUUCUCUACCAUUUGAAGAAGCUCGUCAGCUCCGAUAAGCUCACCAAGGUCAAAAGCUCCUAUAAGAUCCCCUCGGCUCGCUCCAUCGCCGCAGCUCCACCCAAGCCGGCUUCUGCUCCGGCGAAGAAGAAGAAGAAACCCGCCGCAGCUCCCGCCUCCAAGCCCAAGGCGAAGGCCGCCGCCAAGCCUAAGGCAGGGAAGACCAAGACAGUCAAGGCGGUGAGCAAGUCUCCGGCCAAGGCCAAGGCCGCCGCCGCCAAGCCGAAGGCGAAACCGAAAACGAAGCCGGCUGCGAAGCCGAAAGCGGCGAAGGGUGCUCCGGCGAAGGCGAAGGCAGCUCCGGCCAAGACCAAGGUAGCUCCGGCUGCUAAGCCUAAGGCGGCAGCUCCGAAGCCCAAGCUUAAGGAGAAGCCAGCUAAGGCGGCGAGGACGUUGACCAGGUCGUCUCCUGGGAGGAAGGCUCCGGCGGCUAGGGCGGCCAAGGCUGCGCCGAAGAAGGCCCCCACCCGGACAGUGAAGCCCAGAAGCGUGAAGUCGCCGGCGAAGAAAGCUCCGGCUAGGAAGGCCAGGAAGUGAGGGGGUUGGUUAGAGAAGAAGAGAAGCUAGUGUUUGUUUAGGGGUAGUCUUGUAAAUCUCUUCGUCUUUAUGGGGUAUAUGUUAGUCGGGUUAUCUAUGCAGCUGGGAAGAUGAAAUAUAUAGUCGGAAUUUUUCUUUUUUUACUUUUUUUAAUCAUUUCCAGAGGUUCUCUUUUUUCGCCUUGAAAAUCUCUCUCUCUCUCUCUCUCUCUCUCUCUCUCUCUCUCAGUCUCUUAUUAUCUCUCUAGGGUUUUGGGAAACACAGCUUGUAAUGUAAAAAUUCAGUUGAAUGAAAAGCAGAAGAUGAGUUUAUCUGGGUUCA